CGACUGUCAUUACUUUUUGGUCGGUUGCUAUUUAGUUGGAUUCCUCUUGGUUUUUCUAAAUCUUUUUUUGUUGUUGUUUAAAUGAUGCAGUUGGAGUCAAUUUUGCCCAGCGCAUCUAUUAAUUUGCCGAAGACUUUUUACAAUGUGACCACAUCAGAAAGUAACAACAAUAGUCCUGGUCCUGGAUCGACGCAGCUAGAUUUUCAGGACGUUAAUCGGACAGAAUCCGAACCAGGGAACGCUCCAAAAAAGUACUUGAGCGGAGGAGGAAACGCCAUGCUGAGCGAAGGAGACAGCGAGGCAUUCUCCGGAAAUAAAUCCGCACCCGAUGGGAAAAAAAGUUCGCCGGUUAUUAUUGAGGACGACCUCUCAAGUGGCCGUCGGUACAACAUAGACGAAAUUAGCACUGAUAGGUAUUUCAUUUCGUCAUCCCAGCCGCCCUCCGACGUGGCGAAUCCCUGCUCCCUCUUCCCUUACGCGGGGCAGACCGGGACAGUCUAUACCGGGUCAAACGGAUCCAGGUAUUCGGCCUCGCUUCACUAUGGAUCCGUGCUGCCGCCGACUGGGUUCUCCUCAGCCGUUUGCGCCGGGCGAAGUCAGUUUGGCACAGGGUAUCAGUUUGGGCAAGGACCAGGUUGCCUCUACCCUUCGUAUCCCGGGACAGGUUCGAGUAUCGGCUCCGUGCCAAUCUCUGGGACAGGCGCAGGACUGAGGGCUCAAGUCUACCUCUGCAACCGGCCGCUGUGGCUUAAAUUUCACCGACAUCAAACGGAGAUGAUCAUCACCAAGCAGGGCAGGCGGAUGUUUCCAUUUCUCAGUUUUAACAUCACCGGACUGAACCUUACCGCGCAUUACAAUGUGUUCGUGGAGGUUGUUCUUGCCGACCCAAACCACUGGCGAUUCCAAGGAGGAAAGUGGGUGACCUGCGGGAAAGCGGAUAACAACAUGCAGGGAAACAAAAUGUAUGUCCACCCUGAAUCACCGAACACGGGAGCCCACUGGAUGAGGCAGGAGAUUUCCUUCGGCAAACUGAAACUAACGAACAACAAAGGCGCCAAUAACAACAGCUCACAGAUGAUCGUCCUCCAGUCGCUGCACAAAUACCAGCCCCGGCUGCACAUCGUCGAAGUCACCGAGGACGGCGUGGAGGACAUGAGCAACGAGGCCAAGACGCAAACCUUCACCUUCCCCGAGAACCAGUUCAUCGCUGUCACCGCGUACCAGAACACAGAUAUCACGCAGCUGAAAAUCGAUCACAACCCCUUCGCCAAAGGCUUCCGGGACAAUUAUGAUUCAAUGUACCAGGCCCCAGACAACGACAGGCUGACUCCGUCCCCCACAGAUUCACCACGUUCCCAUCAGAUCGUGCCAGGCGCCCGCUACGCCAUGCAGCCCUUCUUCCAGGACCAGUUCGUCAACAACCUGCCCCAGAACCGCUUCUACAACGGCGAGCGCGCCGUCCCCCAGACCAACGGCAUCCUCUCCCCGCAGGCCGAGGAGGCGGGGCCCGCGUCCACGCAGAGGUGGUUCGUCACCCCGGUGCAGCAGACGGGCUCCGGCAAGCUGGACCUCACCUACGAGAGUGACUAUUCCGCCAGCAGCCUGCUGCCCUACGGGAUCAAGUCCCUGCCCCUCCAGACCACCCACGCCCUCGGCUACUACCCAGACUCCGCCUUUGCGUCCAUGGCGGCGGGCUGGGGCUCCAGGAGCACUUACCAGCGCAAGAUGACCACGGGCCUGCCCUGGUCGCCGAGGCCCAGCCCCACCGGCUUCCCCGACGACCACCUGUCCAAUAAGGACAGGCUGCGGGAGGAGAGCGGCGGCAGCUCGGCCUGGAUCGAGGCGCCCCACGCCCUGAAAUCUGUAGACUCUGUCGACUCCGGGACCUACCCCAUGGUCUGCAAGCGGAGGCGCGUCUCUCCCGGCGGCUCCAGCACGGAGAACUCGCCCUCCAUCAAGUGUGAGGACCUAAACACGGAUGAGCACAGCAAGGAGAGCCCCAAAGGCAUGGGAUACUAUGCCUUCUACACAAGCCCUUAAAACAUCUUACUAUUUAUGGGAUUUUUUUCAGUGUCUUUUUCUCUUUGUUUUCUAUUUCCGUUGGAGUGACACCACCCCC